UUCAGACGUCAGUCGUGAUUCGUUAUGUUAUCAUUGUUAAUUAGGUAUUGAGAAAAGAAAACAAAUUACAAAGCAGAAACUUAUGUUAAUAAUUAUGAUUUAAAUCACAAAAUGAUUAUUAUUUUAUUAUCUGUGAUUAAAGAAUAUACUAAUUUUCAAAUAAAAGAAGAUAAAUCAAAACGACUUAAUAAAUAUAAAAUGUACUUAAACUAAUUAGCCAAUAGUAACACAUUUGAACGCUUGACAUUCAUACCUACGAGAAAACUAUUGUAAUACGGUAUAAUAUACUUUUGAAGAACUACUAUGGAGAAUUGUGCUGAUAUUACACCAAAUCGGUCUUUACCUAUAAUUCUAAUAAGUGCAUUUGAUUUAACCAGUGCAUCUGUAUUGUUAUCAGAAAUUAUUGGUGACAAAACAUUAGAAGCUGAUGGGAAAGUACCACAGAGUAGAGUGUGGCCAAUCAUUAAUAAAUACUACAGAGUAGAUGUAGAAAUGUAUUCCGUAGCUGACAAUGAGUCUCCCCCUCCCACACUAAUGGAACAAAUUGAGGCUCACAUAAUCUUUAUCACAAAUGAUGAGGACAACGAAAACGCUCCUGAAGUAGCAGAAGAACGCAGGACGCGCGCCGCAGCGGCGGGCGGCGCGCGCGCGCACGUGCGCCUGCUCGUGACCGCCGGCGCGCGCGCCGCGCCCGCGCUGCUCGACUGGGCGCGCCGCCGCCGCUACGAGCUCGUGCCUCUGCGCGAGAGCGCCGAGGACGACUCGGACGCCGAAGCGGACGACGCCGAGGCGCCCUUCCCGGACACCUACGGCGCGGAGAGGGUGCGGGCGGCUCUGCACGCGCACGCCUGGCGCGGCCUCGAACGCCUCGACCGGCCCGCGCACCGCGCCGCCGUCCCCGCUCUCGCCUCGGCGGACGUGACGUCGUCGGACGAGGAGUACGAGGGCGUUUUCGAGGAGGGGGAGGAGGAAGACGACGAGGCGGCCGUGGAGCGCGCGGAGGCGUUCGCCGAGGCGCUGGGCGCGCUGGGCGCGGCCGGGGCGGAGGCGCGCGGCCUGGCGCAGACGGAGCGGCUGCGGCGGGCCGAGAGCCUGGUGGCCGCUUUCUGCCGAGCGCUGGGCGCCGAUCUGCCCGCGCUUUGACUGCCCCUGCCCCGCCCCGUGUUUGAAAUGAAACUUCAUGCUU